AUGAAGUUCUCGACAGUUUUUACGGCUGCCUUUGCAAUGGGCACUGUUGUGCUGGCACAGCAAGUUGUCACACCAGCAUCUGAUCCUUUAGCCUUGGAAUUAACUGAAAGAAAUUUAGAUGGUCUUUACGAAUUACAAGAAAGAGAUUUAUUUUCUGUUGUUGAGGGGUUAUUUAGUAGCAUCAACUACACUAGCAUUUUGGAUUCCAUCGACUUUGAAUCAAUUGCUGGAUGGACAAAUAAUUUGUUGGUUGAAAACAAUAAUAUAGAAUAUUUGGAUGACAUCUUGAACUUUUUAGGUGACACAGAUUUAGUUCCAUUUGCCAUCAGUUAUCUUUUGAGCAAUAACGAAACAAGAGGCAUUAUUGGGGAAGUUGUAAUCGACGCUUUACCACUUAUCAAAGAUAUUGAUCCAACUCCAAUUUUUGUUGCGUUGAAGAAUUCGGGAUUGGCAUAUGUUUUGGUCGCUGAUUUGAUUAAAAAUCCAAACACAAUUCCAUUUGUUAAACAAGUUGUUGUUGAUUUGUUGGAUGAAGGUUCCUUUGGCUUGGGUGAUUUGUUUGGGGGAUCUUCUGACGCUACAACUACUGCUGUUGCCAUUGACUCAUUAACCACAAUCAAUACAAACAUAGAUUUAACUGUUGCUGCUGCACCAGCAACUGUCGCUCAAUCCAUUGGAAGUAUUGAUACUUCUUCGUUAGCUGUACUUUUUUCUGAAGCUAGAACUGCAAAUGGAAAUGGUGCUACUAAAGUUGCUAAUACUGUUUCGGUAACAGCCCAAGUCACUAAUGUUGCUACUAAUGCCAAGGCUACUACUGCUGUUGCGACCGGUGAAAUAAACUAUAGUGGUAUUACUGGUCCAGCCUACGAAUCUGUACCACCAACUCAAUUUGGUGCUGUGCCCACUUCCAUUAAUUACUCUGCUUUGUCUCAAAUCACUGGUGCUUUAAGAAAAAGAGAAUACAACGAUGCUGUUGAAUCUGCUUUAAGAGAAAUGCAGAAAAGAGAAGAAGGGAUCGAUGACGUAGAAAUUGCUUUGAGAAAAAUGAAGAGAGACAACAUUGAAGAUUUGUUGACCACAAUUUUUUCAUCGGUUGCUAGAUCCAAUUUAUUAAACACAACUAUUCAAUAUUUGGUGACGGAUCAACGAUUUGAAAGCACCGUUGUUGAAAUUUUACAAGGUGUAUUUGAAAAUAUCGGAUCCACUUUAACUGGUGUUUUGGACACUGAUUGGUCUGCCUUACAACCCUUAGUUAGCUCCUUAUUGAACUCUGGUUUAUUAACAGACUUUAUUAGCAGAGCCUUUAACGAUGAUGAAUUAAAAGCUGCACUUUGGAAUGAUAUUUCCCUGAUUUUCAAAAGAGACAUGGCCUUCAGAGAUGAAAUUGUAAAACGUUCUAAUGGUACCAUUACCUCCUUGCCAGUUUCAGAUUUCAUUACUGGUGCUGCAACUGCAACUUCGGCAUUAGAUGGUGCUAAUGGCACACUUUCUUCCUUAGACGUUACUGCAUUCAUCAACACUGUUUCACAUUCUUUUACUACUUCCAAUGCUUCUAGCAGUGCUGUUAUUACUAUACAAUCUGACAAUGCCGGUUCUUCUUUUGGAUCUGGGUUCUACUCAACUAUUUUUGCUGUUUUUGGAUUGUUUGCAAUGAUGAUUUAA